GAUGGCGGGCGCCCGCUGGCUGUUCGCAGCGCUCUCCGCGCUGAGGGCAGUCUCUCCUUGGCCCAGGGUCAGGCUCCCUGCGGCUUCCCAGGGACAGCAGUCUCGUCGGGGAGCGUCGUCCUCCAGCCCUGAGGCUGGCGAGGGGCAGAUCCGCCUCACGGACAGCUGUGUUCAGAGGCUUCUGGAAAUCACCGAGGGGUCAGAAUUUCUCAGGCUGCAGGUGGAGGGAGGUGGAUGCUCCGGCUUCCAAUACAAAUUUUCGCUGGAUACAGUUAUCCAUCCGGACGACAGAGUAUUUGAACAGGGUGGGGCAAGAGUGGUGGUUGACUCUGAUAGCUUGGCCUUCGUCAAAGGGGCCCAUGUGGACUUCAGCCAAGAACUGAUCCGAAGCUCAUUUCAAGUAUUGAACAAUCCUCAAGCACAACAGGGCUGCUCCUGUGGGUCAUCCUUCUCUGUCAAACUUUGAUGCCAUGACUGGCGACCCUGAGAUUGCUACCAGUUGUACCAAUUUGAGGAACCUGGGAUUGGCAGAAUUCUAGAGGUUUCCUUCUAAUCAUGUCCCUCUCUCAAUUUUAUUUCCCUCAGUCCAGGAGUGUUUUUGCCACUAUUAUUUUCAGAAUGUGAAACUUUUACUCUUGGUUUAAUUCCCCCCUUUCUCCUGCGGUUUAAUUCCCCCCUUUCUCCUGCAUGCUAAGGCCAAGUCUCCAGAUGCUGUUACCUCAGAUACACUCACUGGUUGAGACUCAGUAUAAUCACUAGGGUCUUCCAGGCUCUAAAAUUUGGAGUUACUUCUCUGGCCUUCAGAGCUGCUUGUACAUAUGUGUAUAGCUAUGUAUAAAAGCUUUAUUUUAAAGAAAGUCUUUAUUGUGUUUUGGAUCAGGCUCAUGGAUUGGGUAGCUUGAAUGCCAGUUACCAGAAACGCAAAUGAAAUGUUCUUUUUCAUUU